UCCUGUAUUGACCAGUAGGGUCUGUAUCCCAGAGUCCUUUGCGCACCACAAUAGUUGCCAGUCAUCGCCGAACGAAACGAGCGAACACACUAUGAAGGAGACAACAGCGAAACGACGCGAGAAACCCAAGGACUCCAAAGCCGACAAGCAGAAGGAUGCGGGCCCCGACCCGCAGGACGUGGAGAUGCCCGAGGAAGAUGCAGCUAACGCCGUCAAACUACCCAAGGAACUGGAUAACCUCACUCUCGACGACAUCAAGGAGCAUGUGAAGCAGAUAGAGAAGGCGGUGUCUGGGAAGGAGCCGCGCUUCGUACUGCGCGCUCUCCGGGCGCUCCCCUCCACCAGCCGCCGUCUCAAUGCUAAUGUGCUGCACAAGGCCCUCGCUGGCUUCUACACCAGCAACGCCACGGCCCGGGACUACCUGCUGGGUUUCCUGGAAGAGCCCAUGGAGACAGUGGAGGGGGACAUCCCCUUCCGGCCCAGGACGGGGAAGGCAGCCGCCACACCUCUGCUGCCUGAGGUGGAGGCCUACCUCCAGCUUCUGGUGGUGGUCCACCUCACCAACAACAAGAGCUACACAGAGGCCCAGAGAGUGUCUGACGACCUGCUCCAGAGGGUCGGCUCUCAGAACCGCCGGGCUUUGGACCUGGUGGCCGCCAAGUGUUAUUACUAUCACUCACGCGUCUACGAGUUCCUCAACCAGCUUGACACCAUCCGCAGUUUCCUCCACACCCGGCUGCGUACGGCCACGCUACGUCACGACGCAGACGGGCAGGCCGUGCUUCUCAACCUUCUGCUGAGGAACUACCUCCAGUUCAACCUCUACGACCAGGCCGAGAAGCUGGUGUCCAAGUCGGUGUUCCCCGAGCUGGCCAACAACAACGAGUGGGCCAGAUACCUCUACUACACCGGUCGCAUCAAGUCCAUCCAGCUGGAGUACACCGAAGCCAGGCGGACGCUGACCAACGCCCUCCGGAAGGCUCCUCAACACACCGCCGUGGGCUUCAAACAGACAGUCCACAAGCUGUUGAUUGUGGUGGAGCUGUUGCUAGGGGAGAUUCCAGACAGACUGCAGUUUAGACAGCCCUCACUCAAGAGGUCCCUCAUGCCGUACUUCCUUCUCACGCAAGCGGUGAGGAUGGGUAACCUGGCCAAGUUCAACCAGGUUCUGGAGGAAUUUGGGGAGAAGUUCCAGGUGGAUGGGACAUACACACUCAUCAUCCGCCUACGCCACAACGUCAUCAAGACCGGUGUGCGUAUGAUCAGCCUGUCCUACUCUCGCAUCUCAUUGGCCGACAUCGCCCAGAAGCUGCAGCUUGACAGUCCAGAGGAUGCCGAGUUCAUUGUUGCCAAGGCCAUCCGCGACGGAGUGAUCGAGGCCAGUAUUAACCAUGAGAAGGGCUACGUGCAGUCCAAGGAGACCAUGGACAUCUAUGGCACCAGGGAGCCUCAGCUGGCCUUCCACCAGAGGAUCUCCUUCUGUCUGGACAUCCACAACAUGUCUGUCAAGGCCAUGCGCUUCCCCCCCAAAGCCUACAACAAGGACCUGGAGUCAGCCGAGGAACGUCGGGAGCGCGAGCAACAGGACCUGGAGUUCGCUAAAGAGAUGGCUGAGGAUGACGACGACAGUUUCCCUUAGUUAGAAUCCUGCUUCCUGUGGCCGCAGGAUGUUUGUUUUGUUCCGUUCCGUUUGUAUGCUGCCAUCCAUCGGUAGAUCAUAAACACCCACAAUACCUUUUAUCGUCCUUCCUCCUUUUCUUUUGGCUCUGUAUUUUCCUGCCUUAUCGUUGCACAGUUGACUGUAGAGCGAGCUAAAUCUGGCCUGACAUGGUCCAUCCGACUAAUCUAACCUAUAGCAUGUGUCUAUCUGUGAGGCAGGGCUUGAACUGAAAUAAAAUGUUUUGUUUUUUUUGUCUAAAUAAACUUGUUUGUGUAUGAUGUU